ACGUAUGGUGAAAACAAACAUUUUUUCCCGAAAUAUUUAUGAAUCUUGCAACGUAUUCCGGCAUAGGUUCGUACAACGGCCGUCUGCUUCAUUGAUCUUCUUAAAUUAAAUUCCAAGUUUUUUUUGGUGUUGAUAAUAAAAUGUUGUUCUACUCGUUUUUCAAAUCGCUGGUUGGCAAAGAUGUAGUCGUCGAACUUAAAAAUGAUUUGAGCAUAUGUGGAACUUUGCAUUCUGUAGACCAAUACCUCAACAUUAAACUGACAGACAUCAGCAUAACUGACCCUGAUAAAUAUCCUCAUAUGCUUUCAGUGAAAAACUGUUUCAUUCGUGGCUCUGUAGUGAGAUACGUUCAACUACCACCUGAAGAAGUUGAUCACCAGCUUUUGCAAGAUGCUGCCCGAAAGGAAUCCCAGCACUCAAAACACUAAAUUGUCAGAUUUUGAUAUGUAAUACAUGUGUUUUUUUCCAUAA